AUGCGCAGGGGCCCCCGCGGAGGGGCGCAGGGCCGGGGGCCCCCGGGAGGGCAGCGGGCUUGUUGGGGGCCCCCCGGAAGGGCAGCGGGCUUGUUGGGGGCCCCCCGGGGCUGCGGGCUGCUGCAGCGAUGCAGCAGCAAGUGGGGAAAGUGCGCAGCGCCACGCAAGCUGCUGCUGCGCCGCUGCUGCAGAAGGCCUCCGAGGGAGUCCGCGCGCUGCUGCGGCUCGUCCAGCGAAAGCAGCUACUUCGUGGAGGGGGAGCAGCAAGCUGCGCAGAUCCGGCAGCAGCUGGGGAGCAGCAGCACGGAGCUGAAGCUGGCGGGGCUGCGGCGGGUGCUGGCCGCAGAAGCAGCAGCAGCAGCAGCAGCAGCAGCAGCAGCAGCGGGGCCCCCCCCCUUCUUCGCAGACGUCCUCAAGAACCUCUCCACCCCCGACUUCGAACUCAAAAGACUUGUUUAUCUUUACCUCGUGCUGCAUGCAGAGGAAGCCCCGGACUUGGCGCUGCUGGCCCUCAACGGCUACCAGAAGGACCUCUGCAGCAGCUCCCACGUGCUGCGCGCAGCAGCACUUAAGUCUCUGUCUUCGCUGCAGCUGCUGGAGGCUGCGCAGCUGCUGCUGCAGAGUCUCCGCCGCGCAGCAGCAGACACUUCCCCCCUUGUCCGCAAGACUGCAGCGCAUGCAGCAGCAAAACUCUUCUUCUUAGACGCAGACCAGCGCCACGAGCUGCUGCUGCUGCUGCUGCAGCUGCUGGCCGACGGCGAGCUGGCCGUUGCUGGCGCUGCACUUGUCUCCUUCCGCCUCAUCUUCUUCCAGUCCCUCCGCGCCUCCCCGGGGCCCCCGGGGGGCCCCCAGGGGGGCCCCCAGGGGGGCCCCCAGGGGGGCGGGGGCCCGGGGGGCCCCCAGGGGGGCCCCGGGGGGCCCCUCGAAGGCGGGGGGCCCCCCGAGACCCAGGAGGAGAGCAGCAGCAGCAGCAGCACCUGCAGCAGCAGCACCUGCAGCAGCAGCAGCAGCAGCGGCAGCAGCGGCGUGAGCCCGCCGCGGCUGUCGUCCGUGGCGUUCUUGGCGUCCCGGAGUCUGCGGGGGGCCCCCUUGGCUUUAGCGGAGGGUCUGGAGGCCGCGCAGGGGCCCCCCGGGUGCGUUGCGGAGCGGCGGUGCAAGCCGCUGCCGCGGGACCUGGAGCGGUUUGUUGCUGCUGCUGAGCUGCUGCUGAGCAGCGACAGUGCUGCAGUGGUGGUUUCCGCGUGUGCUGCAGUGCAGCAGCUGCUGCCAGUUUGCUGCUGGGGCUGCGUGGUGUCUCCGCUGCUGCGGUGUCUGUACACCUGCGGGGCGGAGCUGAAGGAGCUGCUGCUGCGGGUGCUGCACUCGUUUGCUGCUGCUGCUCCGUGGCUGUUUCAGCAGCACUUGCGGGAGUUUUUCGUGAAGCAGGGAGACUGUGCUGCAGUGCGGCAGCAGAAGCUGCUGCUGCUGCUGCUGCUGGGGCUGGCGGACGCGGCCAGCCUGCCGCUGCUGCUGCCCGAACUCCGGGUGUACGUACACUGGGACGGAGACGCAGCUCUUGCUGCUGCUGCAUGCAGGGCCCUCACGCUGCUGGCGCUGCAGCACCCGCAGGCGCAGGGCUUCAGUUUGCGGCUGUUUGCUUUGCUGCUGGACUCGAAGUCUGCUGCUGCUGCUGCUGAGGCGGUGGUGGGCGUGCGGACGCUGGUGCAGCAGCAGCAGCUGCAGCAGCACGACGCAGCAGCAGCGCGGCUCGUGCUGCAGCUCGCUGCGCAGCUGCAGCGCCGCACUGCUGCUGCAGCAAGGGCCUCCCUCAUCUGGCUGCUGGGCCGCCACCACCAGCAGCUUUCUUGGCUAGCAGCAGAUGCGCUGCGGCAGCUAAUAAGGGGUUUUCGAGAAGAAGCAGAAGAGGUGAAGCUGCAGCUGCUGCUGCUGGCCACGCGGCUGUGGGCCUUCCACCGGGCCAACGCCGCCCGCGGCCCCCCGCAGCAGCAGCAGCAGCAGCAGCAGCAGCAGCAGCAGCAGCAGCAGCAGCAGGGGCGCCUCGUGCCGCCCCCCACCCGCGAGCAGAGCCAGCAGCACUUCCCCCGCCUCGACUUGCUGCUGCAGUUCCUGCUGCAGCUCGCCCUCUACGACCCCAGCCAGGAAGUCCGCGACUUGGGCAGGUUCUACGGGGCCCUCACUGCAGCAGCAGCAGCAGCAGCAGCAGCAGCAGCAGCAGCUGACGGGGCCCCUGCGGACGCAGACGGGGGCCUCGGGGGCUUCGCCGAGCAGUACCUCGAGUCCCUAGCCUACCCGAGUGGGCCCGCCGCCGACUUCGCGGGGCCCCCGGGGCCCCCGGGGGCCCCCGGGGCCCCCGGGGCCCCAGGGGCCCCCAAGGCCGCCGGGGCCCCCUGGGCCUCCGGGGGCCCCCAGGGCCCCUUGGGGCCCCUGGGGGCGGCGGGCGCUGUGGGGUGCUGGGAUCGUUCGAUCCCAGUGGGGGAGGCGGCGGGGGUGUGGCCCCCCAGCUCCCUGGCCUUCCACACGGGGGGGGGGCCCCUCCCGGGGGCCCUCCCGCUGCCCCCUUUUGCUGCAGCAGACUCGGACGAGGCCCUGCGGCAGUGCCUGACGGAGGAGGAGGCUUUGCGGCAGUCUUUUCUGUCUCUGGGGGUGCGGCCGCCUGCGGGGGGCCCCCUGGGGGCCCCGCUGGGGGCCCCCCGGGGGGCCCCCGGGGGGCCCCCGGGGGGCCCCCGGGGCCCCGGAAGCCCCUCCGCGAGGGGCCUCCAGGCCAUCUGCUCCAGCGAUGUCAUUCGACAAGACAAUGCCGCCACUCUCAUGGGAAGAAGAGACUCUGGAAAGGGCCCUUUGAGUCCCUUGGACUUGGAUUUGUUUUACGGGGGCCUCGGGGACUUGGGGUGUACAGACACCGCAGCGGCCUCUGCAGCCAACAGCACCGACUGUACAGCCACCCGCUCCGCGGGGGGGCCCCCCGAGGGCAGCAGCAGCAGCAGCAGCAGCGAGCAGCACGUGGAGGCCCUGUGGGCAGCUUUUGAGGAGGACCCUCCGGGGGGCCCCUACGCCCAGGAGCUCCAGGGGGCCCCCGCUGCUGCUGCUGCUGCUGCUGCUGCUGCAGCUGCGGCUGCUGCGCGCGGCUCGCAGGGAGCCAUCGUCGCAGGGGAGGAUGAGGAAAGCGACGACGAGGCCCUGCAGCAGCAGCAGCAGCAGCAGCAGCAGCAGCUGCUCCUGCUGCAGCAGCAGCUCCACUACAAGCAGCAGACUCCCGAAGAACAAGCAGCUCACCUGCUGCAGAUGGACGGCGGAGACCAGCAGCAGCAGCAGCAGCAGCAGCAGCAGCACAAAGAACUCCCCUGGAACCCCGUCUCGCCUGCCCUCUCCUAG